AUGGCGAAUUUCAGGCUGGACGCGAGGGCGACGCGAGAUGCGCGCGCGAAGGAUGCGACGAGGGUGAUGAGCGCGCGCGCGUCUCCGUCGACGCCGCCGUUGGAGGGCGAGCAGAGGGAGACGUCUGGGGUUGGGGCGUCGGGGGCGAAACGCUCGGCGGGCGACGCGGGCGGGCGGAGAGGAAAGGCGUGUAAACGCGUCGAUCGAGACGUCAGUGGACGGUUGUUGGAGGUGGACGAGCGAGGAGAGUUCAUGUUUGGGUGCGAGCAGUGCGCGUUCGAUCCGGACGGGUGCGAGCGGUGUCUCGGAGGACCACCGGUGCGGAGUGAGUGCCUGUGGGACGAGGCGCUCACGUGGGACGUACCGCCGGUGAAGGUGUACCAUCCAACGGAGGAGGAGUGGUCGAACGAUCCGUUGGAGUACAUAAAUUCCAUCAGACCGGAGGCGGAGAAGUACGGGGUGUGCAACAUCGUGCCCCCGGCGAGUUGGAAACCGGACUUUUGUCUUCCCGGGAAGGAGAAGCUGCGGUUUCGGACGCGCAUACAGGCGCUGAACGAGUUGCAAAAUCGUCCGGCGGGUCCGAGCGCGCGGGCGCGGGCCAAAAUGCUCGAGGAAGAAGGAAACAAAAAAGGAUCAUCAUCAUCGAACGCGAGCGGCGUCGCGUCGGGCGGUCGCAUGGGUGGAGGCGGUCGUAUGGGCGGUGCGUCGCAGGCCGAUGCCGAUGCCCUGGCGGAGAAGUAUGGAUUUCAACAAGGAUCGAGGCACAACUUGGAGACACUGGAGAGGUACUCGCAUUAUUUCAAGAAGAAGUAUUUCAGUAAGGACGGGCGGCCGGUGGAGAACGUGACGGUGAAGGACAUGGAGGGGGAAUUCUGGCGCCUCAUUGAGAAUAACAAGGGUAGAAACGUCGAAGUUAUUUAUGGCGCUGAUAUCGCCACCAUGGAGGUUGGGAGUGGGUUCGCCAAGAAGGGUAGUGACUCGUGCCCGCCCGGGCAGGAGCGCUACGCCGAAAGUCCUUGGAACGUGUGCAACAUGCCGUACAACUCGGAGAGUUGUUUAAGCCACGUUGAGGCGACGACAGGUAUCACCGUUCCCUGGUUGUACUUUGGCAUGACUCUGUCCGCGUUCUGCUGGCACGUGGAAGAUCACAACUUCUACAGUGUGAACUAUCAUCACUUCGGCGCGCCGAAGGUUUGGUACUCCAUUCCAGCGUCGCACUCAAAGCAGUUUGAGGAGGUGAUGCGCAAGCGCCUUCCACACUUGUUCCAAUCGCAGCCCGAUUUACUCCACAGCUUGGUCACCAUCCUUUCACCAAAGGUGUUACAAGACGAAGGUAUUCCGGUGUAUCGCGCUGAGCAACAUCCGCGAAGCUACAUCAUCACCUUCCCGUAUGCGUAUCACUCCGGUUUCAACACUGGUUUCAACUGUGCAGAGGCGGUCAACUUUGCGCCCAUUGACUGGUUGCCGUUCGGCGUCGGCGCCACGGAGCGGUACGCCAGCGAUAAGCGGUACCAGUCCGUCGCGCACGACCAGUUGUUGUCCGUACUCGCCGAAAGCGCUCACAAGCAUCCGCGCUUCCCGCCAGUGCUCGCAAAGGUGAUGAAGGAGCGCAUUGAUGACGAGGACGAACGCCGAAAGGCUGCCUCCAGCGCGGUCGCUCGAGAAAUUCGAAUGGAAAACACGCUCGAGGCACCAGAUUUUAACGAACGCGACUGCACAAAUUGUCUGGCGGAUCUGAAUUGGUCGUGCGUCACGUGUGCGUGUUCUUUCGCCAAAGGUAAUGGGUAUGCUUACUGUCUGCGAUGUGUCACAGCGUGCAAAUGCGACGCGGAGAAGCGCACGCUCUUUUAUCGAAACACAAUGAAAGAGCUUCGCGACACAGUUUCGCGUAUCGAGGGAUUAUGCAAGCCGACUUAG